UUUCUUUUCUUCAAUAAACAAUGGGACGAUUUUCUGCUGUGUUUGUCUUUCCAGACCGCCUGAUGGAUUAUGUUGCAAAAGAGGAGGAUUUCUCUGAUCAGCAGCUCUGUGGACAGGAGAGGAAUUCCAGUUUGGACCAAGAGGAGCCAGAACCUCUGCAGAUGAAAGAAGAGAAGCAAGAACCAGAACAUCCCUGGACAAAAGAGGAGAUCAUUGAGGUCCCUAUAAGUGAGCAUGAAGAGCAGCUUGAUCUAAACGAAAAGACUGGAGAAACAGGAGAGAAAUCUUUCCCAUGUUUGACAUGUGGAGAAAACUUUCUUAAAAAAGAACAUUUAAUGGAUCACAAGAGAACUCACACAGGUCAGAAGAUUUAUGAAUGUGUUUACUGUGGAAAAAGCUUAAGUAAGAAGUCGAAUCUUGACAAACACAUCAGAAUACACAAAGAUGAGAAGCCAUUUUCUUGUACGAUUUGUGGCAAAGGUUUUAUUCUUAAUGGUCGUUUGACCGAACACAUAAGAACUCACACAGGUGAGAAGCCUUUUACAUGUCUGUCCUGUGGAAAAGGCUUCACUGUAAAAUCUGCUCUUAAAAAACACAUCAGAACUCACACAGGUGAGCAGCCUUUCUACUGUACUAUUUGCAAUAAGAAUUUUAAUGAAAUGCAUUGUUUGACUUCUCACAUGAGAAUUCACACAGGUGAGAAGCCAUUUUCUUGUACAAUUUGCGGCAAAAGUUUUUCUCAAAAAAGUAAUUUGACCCAACACAUAAGAACCCACACAGGUGAGAAGCCUUUUACAUGUGUGUCCUGUGGAAAAGACUUCACCUCGAGUUAUGCUCUUAAAAAACACAUCCAAAUUCACACAGGUGAGAAGCCUUUUUCUUGUACUUUUUGUGGCAAAAGUUUUUCUGCACAAAGUCGUUUGACCCAUCACUUAAGAACCCACACAGGCGAGAAACCUUUUACAUGUGUGUCCUGUGGAAAAGGCUUCACUUUAAAAUCUUCUCUUAAAAAACACCUCAAAACUCACACAGGUGAGAAGCCAUUUUCCUGUAUUACUUGUGGGAAAAAUUUUACUGAAAAAUUUUGUUUGACCAGACACAUGACGACAUGUGAGAAACACAUGAAACCUUGAAAUGUAAAACUAAUUUUCUUAAAAGUUGUUAAAUAGAGGAAGGUAUGUCCCCUAAAAAGGCAGUUGCGCCUCUGGGCUUCCCCACCGGUUAUUUUCCUGGGAGCAAGUUACUUACUGCUCUUAACUCAAACUGGGUAAAACCAUAUAAAAAGGACUAUAAAAACAGGAGUAAAAAGUAACAGAGUUUAUUCCAGAUCAGGUCAUUACAGGACAGAGAAACAUGUUCUGAGCUUGCACAGCUGUGGGCUCAAAAAUCGCGUCCGCGAGUGUCCGGCAAAAAUUGAGCCCCGAAGAAGGUAAUCUCCUGCUUCUUAUAGCUCAUGAGUCUAUGUGUUGCACCAGGUGGAUGCUUAGCUGUCCGUAUCAGAAACUGACACGCCAUCCAUGCCCAAGGAUUAUAGAUAGCUCUCCUCUAUCAGUCCGGCUUCAAGAUGUGCCCAAAUCCUGUGUAUCUUUAAAAGGCAAAAAAGCUGUCCUAUUUAGAUGACCCACGUACACAAAGUGACAUCCACAAUGUGAAGGAAGGCCAUCUACUCUAUCUGGCUAACAAAGUAGCAAUGCACAUGAUGUAUAAAAGAAUAAACCUAACAAAUUAGAGAUCUAUUGUAUUACAUAAAAAGCCACAGCAAUUGAGAGCCACAGGAAUGAACAGUAGAGGCCGUUUUCUAUGUUUGACCUGUUAUAGAAUAGCUUUUUCCAACUAAAAUGUGAGUUUUAAGCACAUUUUAAAUGGAGAAAAAGGCUAUGCAAAUUAGUGGUCUUUACCUUUGGUUGGCAGUAAAUUAAACAACAGCAGCAAAAAUAAUGUCCACAUUACGUCGUUUUUCAAGGCUGUAGUAAACAGGAAGUAGGGGAUGCCAUCUAACACUGAUGGCAGAUCAGUAGUGGAAGAAAGUGUUGAUGAAUGUGUUGUUUUAGGGGAAGUUCUUCUUAAGUUAAAGGUAUAGUGGAGGAUGUUUUUUUUGUGGGUGGAUCAUCAGAGUAAGUGGUUUUUCUUAUUGUCAAUCACACUGGUGAUAUGUUUACGUAAGGCUGUCCUGAGUGCUCUUCCCCAUUUUCACUUACCGGUGGUGAGUCUGACCUAGUGGAAGAAUUGCAAAUCUUCUUUAAGCUGGGCGUACACUACAAUUUUUUCUGCUCACACUGUAUGACUAAAACCGCAGAGUCAAGUUGUACAGCGUGAGCUCACAGCUCAAGAUUUAUGUCCGGCCUGGUGCUCUGGUGCAAUCUACCGGCUCACACUGUACGACUAAAGACCAUGUUGGAUUCAGCUCCGCAGUGAUAUGUAGCUGGUGGUGGUCGUGAGAGGCUGAGAUGGCAUAUUUGCUGUUCUAUGCGCCCUAAUGCAAGUCUGGUUAAAAGCCCUAGAAUAAAACAACAGGUUUUCUUCCUUUUAUGGUAUGAUCAUGAAUAUUUUGAUGAGCUGUGCACUGAUUGGUUGGUUUACAACGUGCGAAGCUACUGAGCAAAGACGCUUCAUAGCAACAAGCACUCACUAACUGAAACAUCAAAUUGUUAAUAUAGUAGGGUGACCAGACGUCCUCUUUUUCCCGGGCAUGUCCUACUUUUCAUACCUAAAAAAAAAUGUCCAGUGGGAAUACAGUAGUCUGGGAUUUUGGUCGACUACAGUGCAGCAGAACUGAGCCGCCAGAUCCGGGGCUGGUCCAAGAACUGCCAGACUAGGGUAGGGAACAAGUGGUUCCUCCGUCCGCCAGGGUUCCCGGACCAGCCCUGGAGCUGAUGGCUCAGUUUGAGUGCCCGGUCCGGUCCAGUCAGUGGCCCCAAUUUCGUGACGUGACAAAAGUACAGGCCAGAACCAGAUAAGGCAACAUCCCUGAGUUUACGUCAACCCUGGGCUUUGUUCUGAUUCGCCCGUUUUUUGGUGGAGGUUUAGAAUUGUGAGAUUUGCAGAGAAAGGAGGUGUCGAUGGGUUUUGAACUUCUCUGUACGCCUGUUUCACCCACUGAACUAUUAUUAUUCAUCCAUGACAAUGGAAACUCACUUUUGAAUUCUAUGACCCCUUUAAGAUCCAGUUAUUACUGACCACCCAAUGAAAAUUGUCCAUGGGAGCAGAGACAGCCAGAAUGACUCAGAAAAGAGGUCAGAAAACACUUUGACAGGUUGAUAGGGGUCAGGGUCAGAAAACUCAGCAAUGAAUCGUCAUAAUCUGGCACUGGUGUCAGGUCUGAGAGUUAUAUAGUGGAUUAAAUACUAAAUGAAACCAGCACUAGUGCCAGGAAUCAUGACUAACUCAUUGGAAAAAGCUGAUAGGAACGCAACAAAGUCCAUCUAGAAACUCCUCCUCAUUACAUGAGAAUCUCGCAUGUUAAAGGCCUUUUGUUUUCAGGGAAAUCUUUCAUUGACACUAUCAUCUACUUUAUACAAAUGUUGUUUUGUUUAUUUAUUGCAUUCUCUGUGGUGGGUGUUUCCAAUUAAUGUAAUUAUUUCUACUUUGAUGUACUGAGCAGAAACAAAAAUCUCAUGUAUUGUAAAAUUUCUUUGGUUUUAUAUAAGUUAAAGAUCAUGGUUUUCCAUGUUUUCUCUGAUCUUUUCAGACACCUAAAGCUGUAUUCUACAUUAUUUAAUGGUAUUAAAAUGUUCAGAUGAUGAUUAAUGAA